AUAUAAAUUACGCUGCAUCGACUGUUCGGUAGACCGUCACUAUAGAGAUUUCCUGGAAGAUAUUUUGUGAAUAAUUUUCACUUUCGCUAGCCACAAUCCAUACAGUGUCAUUCGAGUAAUGUAUUAAUUACAUUCAAAUUAUGUUACGGUCAUGACAAAAAUAUUAUAGCUAGCUAAGCCAGCUAAACGUUUAGAUUGGACUGCAUUGUUUUAGCGUGCUAAGCUAGCUAAAUAGGAGGAGAUGUGGGUUUUCGGGUACGGGUCGCUCAUCUGGAAGGUUGAUUUCCCUUACGAGGAGAAGCGCGUCGGGUAUAUCCGGGGGUUCAGCCGCAGAUUUUGGCAGGGGAGUACCGAUCACCGAGGGGUCCCGGGGAAGCCAGGACGAGUGGUGACGUUGGUGGAGGACCCUGAGGGCUGCGUGUGGGGUAUUGCCUACAAGCUUCCCACAGGGAAGGAGCAAGAGGUGAAAGAGUACCUGGACUACCGGGAGAAAGGGGGCUACAGAGUGAUCACCGUGACCUUUCACCCUAAGGAGCCCUACUCGGAGCCCCGGGACACGCUGCUCUACAUCGGCUCAUGUGACAACCCCAACUACCUGGGCCCCGCCCCGCUGGAGCUGAUCGCCCGGCAGAUCCUCAGCUCGGUGGGACCCAGCGGCCGCAACACGGAGUACCUGUUCGAGCUCGCCAACGCCAUCCGAGACCUACUGCCCGAGGACGGCGACGAGCACCUGUUCUCCCUGGAGCGCCUGGUCAAGGAGCUGCUGCAGGAGAGAGGGGACUGAGGAAGAGAAGAGGGAGAGAAGGAGGGAGAG